AUGGCUCCAAAAGUUGCUAUCAUCAUCUACUCCAUGUACCACCACAUCGCCACCAUGGCUGAGGCCGUGAAGAAGGGUGUCGAGGCCGCUGGUGGUCAGGCUGACAUCUUCCAGGUUCCAGAGACUCUUUCUUCUGACGUUUUGGCCAAGAUGGGUGCUCCAGCCAAGCCAAACUACCCUGUCGCCACCUUGGACACCUUGACCAGCUACGACGCUUUCUUGUUCGGUGUUCCAACCAGAUUCGGUAACUACCCAGCCCAGUGGAAGGCCUUCUGGGACUCCACCGGUGGCUUGUGGGCCUCUGGUGCCUUGUACGGUAAGGCUGCCGGUUUCUUCGUUUCCACCGGUACCCCAGGCGGUGGCCAGGAGACCACCAUUGUCAACGCCUUGUCUGUGUUGGUCCACCACGGUAUCAUCUACGUUCCAUUGGGUUAUGCCAAGGCUUUCGGCCAGAUCACCAACUUGGAGCAGGUCCACGGAUCUUCUCCAUACGGUGCCGGUACUUUCGCUGGUCCAGACGGUUCCAGACAGCCAUCCGAGUUGGAGUUGGAGAUUGCCACGAUCCAGGGCCAGUCUUUCUAUGAGACUGUGCAGAAAUUCUAA